AUGACGGCCAAUUCGAUUCCCAGCCUGUUGGGCCUACCGGAGGAAUUGCGGAUGAUGAUUUGGACUUUAGUCGUGCCAGAACGCAUGGUAAAGUGCUUUCGCAUCACGUCUCACAUCAUUCGUACCGGUUCCUUCUACGGCAACGGCACACUCUGGUGCACUGGUGGCAGUUGCUCGUCGCAAACCCCGGACCAUCUGGGACAUCAAGGCCUACGACAAUGGGCCAAUCCAUUACUACCUCUUAUUCUCAUCAACAAGCAGAUGAAGCAGGAGAUCAACAGCUUAUCCAUCAAGCUUAUGCCCACCCUGGUGUUCUGUAGUCAACCACACGCAUGGUCGUUCUUCUUUCGGUUCAACAAAUUGGCACUACCAGCUGACAUGGGUGCGCCUUCCGCGUACAAGAUCCGCAAAGAUAUCCGUUUCGACAGCAUAUAUCACCACAAUGGCGAGACGGUUGAAAUGGUCAAAGCUCGUGUUGACCGCGCCCUGGAGAUCACACUUGAGGAGAAGUUCGGGAUACAAGACAUCCCAUCGUCGGAACGGGAGGUCACUUACUUGGCGGAGCAUGAGCGUCGCUUCUCCUGGGAACCCCUGCAAUGCAUGGGUACUGUGGGGUCCGACUUACGGAGACUGGGAGAGGGAUCAUGGAGGGUCGAGAAGAAGUUUCGGACGAAGCACUGUCUUUGCGAUCGAGACGAAUGCUCUGCGGAGGAUCGCAACCCUUGA